AUGAGUUUAAGUGGCAAGACAGCACUGAUUACUGGAGGCACCAAGAAUUUGGGCAAGAUCACGGCUAUUGAACUGGCUUCGAAGGAGAAAUGCAAUUUGUUCUUGCACCAUAAUAGCAACCAAGGUGACGAAGAAGCAUUUGCAAAGGAGCUGCGUGAUAAAUAUGGCGUCAAAGUUGAAUUGUACCAAGGCAAGCUAGGGUCGCAAGCUUCGCUCACUCAGCUUUUUGAUGCGGCGGUUGAAAGAAUGGGCAGAAUUGACAUUGCUAUCAACAAUGUUGGGAAAGUUUUGAAGAAGCCCUUCACCGAAGUGACCGAGGAAGAGUUUGACGAAAUGGAUCUUGUCAAUAAUAAGGUUGCCUUUUUUUUCAUAUCUGAAUCUAUGAAAAAGGUGUCGGACGGAGGCCGCAUAAUUACGCUUGUCACAUCCCUUUUGGCUGUGUACACGCCGUUUUAUCCGGUGUAUCAGGGCACUAAGGCUGCAGUUGAAUAUUAUACGAAGGCUGCUUCGAAGGAGUUGAUGGCAAGAAACAUAACAGUGAAUUGCGUUGCACCAGGGCCUAUGGAUACGCCAUUCUUCUAUGCACAGGAGACUCCGGAAGCUGUAGAAUUUUACAAGAGCAAUGCCUUACAACAGAGGUUGACAGAUACUAGAGACAUUGCUCCAAUCAUCAGUUUUUUGGCAACUAAUGGAGGAUGGAUUACAGGACAAGUCAUAUUUGCUAAUGGCGGACUUGCUGCAAACUAG